AUGUCUCCAACGUACGGUGUUCUGAAAACCUUCUACGAUUUCAUUAUCAUAGGAGCUGGCAACGCUGGCUCGGUCGUUGCGACGCGUCUAUCGGAGAAUCGUAAUUUCAACGUCCUCGUACUUGAAGCUGGUAUACAGGUGCCAAACUCUCCAGGAUGGAGUGUUCCCAUACUUGCCGCGCAACCAGGUCUUACACAGUACAUAUGGCCAUUCCAGAGCGUACCUCAAGCAGGGCUCAUCGACAACAAAACCGUCUCAGUGCUCAGGGGAAAAGUAACUGGCGGGUCGACAAAUGCAAACUUCAUGACCUAUACCCGUGGGUCGUUCGAAGAAUAUGACCGAAUCGCAAAUAUCACAGGCGAUGAGCGCUGGUCAUGGAAUAAGAUCCUCCCAUUUUCCCAAAAGUCCGAAACGCUCGUGCCUCCCACCAGUGGUCGUGACUUCCCUGGAGAUUAUGAUCCCAAUCUGUAUGGAGACACAGGUCCUAUACUCCUCUCCCCUCCAAAUGACGGAAGUUCAAUCUACGAAAGGAUUAAACGAGCCGCGCAACAGAACCCGAACUUUGGUUGGAACUCAGAUGUUAAUUCUGGGAAGCCUCUCGGUAUAGGCAGAACGAUUGCAACCAUAGGGACGGGAGUCAGAAGUAGUGCAAACAACUACCUCGAAGCGGCUGGGGCCCGAGAGAACCUGCGUGUAGUAACGAAUGCCCAAGUUACCAGGUUAUUGUUCUCCGAGGGUGAGGACGAAGAACCUGUUAUCACUGGUGUCGAGUUUGCCCAAAGUCCAAAUGGCAAGCCAAAGCUCCUUCUGCUUUCAGGCGUUGGUCCAAAAGAGGACCUCGAUAAAUUGGGUAUCAAAGUGGUUAAAGACCACCCUGAAGUGGGCAAGAACUUGCAGGACCACCCACUAAUUUUGAAUAAUUGGUAUGUCAAUUCCAACGAAACAAAUGACGAUCUCUUCCGUCAACCUCUGAGCGACUGGGCUAAACAACAAGCGCUACUGUACGAGACAAACAAAACCGGUGGUUGGUCAGACACGGUCGGUCAGGUCAUUGGGGCCCUCCGUUUGCCAGAAGAUGAUCCCGUCUUGGAGAAAGCUGGCGAUGCUUCCGCAGGUUCAAACACAGCGCAUUUUGAAAUAUUUUCAAUUACGGAUUCGCGAAUCUACGCGUUUCCCGGGAGCGUAAAACUGAACUCAACCAAUCCUUUUGACGAUCCACUAAUCGAUCCUGAACUCUUCAAAGAGGACAUCGAUCUUCACAUCGCCCUGGCUUCCGUUAAGCGCGCACGGGAGUUCGCGGCUGCAGAUGCUGUCAAGGGUUUCUUUAUCGAGGAGUUUGGCGAAUUAGCUAAAGCGAAAACGGAUGACGAGAUUAAACAUUAUAUUCGCAACAAUACCGUUGUCUAUCGGCAUCCUGCUUGUACUCUUUCCCUUUCCGCCUGGAACAGCACCAAGGGCGUGUCAACCCCUGAUUUGACCGUGAAGGGGUAUUCAAGGGCCUCCGCGUCGUCGAUUCUAGCAUUUUCCCACAUAUACCUGCCGUCUCAUCCUCAGGCAGUAGUCUAUGCAAUCGCAGAGCGCGCUGCGGACAUUAUUGCAGAUGAUCACAGACAAGCCCAGACGGGUGGAUUCUUGUUUGUCGAAGCUAUCGCAAACUGUUAG